GUCGGGCAUAUGAAACAACGACUACUGGCGGUGGUGCCGCCGCUUGUAUCGGGGCGGUUAGCUCGCAACUCGUCAAAGCCAGAUAUGUUGUUGAUCGAUUACCUUUCACAUUACUCACCAUAUUCCAAUGCAAGUGGCACGCUCGCUCAUGCCGCCCACCUCUCAUCUUUUCUGGCGCGAAAACUUGUCUCCAAGUCCCGUUCAGUAUUCCAUUAAGCAAUCCUAAGUUGCUGUAAAAUCUAAGGAGCCCGAGUUUGGCUUCGAGUGCUGCUCGCGAGCCCCACGCGCCCGCCCGCGAGCGCGAGAAGCCGACUUGGCAGCCUAGAGCGCGCAUCAACAAUCAGUACUGGCCUUGAAACCAUCGUAUACGCAUUUAUUUAAGCUUUCUUGCCACGUUUGUGGGCUCACCGCCCGCCUCGCUAGGCAUCGAUCCCCGCCCUCGAUUGGCCCUUCCGAGUCGCCUCAGCAAUUAUCAGCCCUCGCCCUGCCUUAGCGUGACAUACCGGUUCCAGAGUGCCCCUGUAAGCGUCAUCAUGCCAUAUCAGGACCUUUCUUAGACCCCACGACUAGUCUACUAGAAUCCUGAAAUGGACGCGUCCUUUGCCGCGCGCCUUGCCAUCGCAGUCCUGGUUCUAGCUGUGACAGAUGGCGCCGUCGCUGCCGCACUGGAGGCACCUGACCUAGGGAACAGCACCUUCCUCGGCCACCCCGUGGCGUCUCCUCCUCCCGCGCCCGGCCCUGCCUACGGCAGCCCCUCCCCCUUGCCCUCCUACCCCACCAUACCUCCUCCUUACCCUCCGCCGGGCCCCAGCUACCCCCCGGCCUACCCUCCCGCCUACCCUCCAUCACCCGCCUACCCUCCCGCCUACCCUCCCUCACCCGCCUACCCUCCCGCCUACCCUCCCGCCUACCCUCCCGCCUACCCUCCCGCCUACCCUCCCUCACCCGCCUACCCUCCCGCCUACCCUCCCUCACCCGCCUCCUACCCGCCUCCGCCCCCUCCCACCUAUGCCACGCCUCCUCCGCCGCCGCCACCCCCUCGUGAACCCCUACCUAUCGGCCCCAUCACGCUAGGCUUCAACGCCUCGGCCGCUGACGCCCGGUGCAGUGUGGACAUGGGCAUCGCCCGGCAAGACCCGGACUUCCCCAUCGACCCCUACCAGCUGCAGACCUACCCCUGCACACGCGAGCCCAGCACCGUCUUCACGCUGUACACGCUGCCGCUGGGAGACCUGACGCGCACGCUGGUCUACCUGGUCAGCUGGCGCGGCGCCUGCCUCACGCCGGUGGACUUGGGCGCGGCGGCGGGCGACCGCAACUUCACCAGCCUGCUGGUGUGGCAGGACUGCGAGGAUGGACUGCUGCCGCAGGAAGAGCAGCUGUUCGAGCUGGAGGCGCCGCCACAGGCCCAGGGCGGAUGGCUGCUGCGCUCCUCCGUGGGCGACUCGACGCAGUGCGCCCGCGUGCUGGGCACCGAGCCCCUCAGCGAGGUCACCCUGGCCCCCUGCGACCCGCACGACCCCCUGCAGAUCAUCAACAUCACGCCCUACACACCCAGCCCCUCCCCCUCUCCCACCCCAAUCCCUGGCCCCGAGGUCAGCCCGCCCCCGGCGCAGGAGCUGCCCAGCCCGCCCCCCUCGCUUCAGCCCAGCCCCGCUCCCUCCCCCAGCCCCUCGACUGGCCCGGUGACGCUGUGGGGCCAGUUCCAGAUGGGCAUCGUGGCCGCGCCGCCCACCCGACCCUGCUCCACUGACCCUGGCCUGCUGGACCCCGGCCUGGCGGCCGACACGCUGGUGUGGGUGACCUACCCCUGCAUCUCGCCGAGUACGGUGUUUGACGUGUACCGCGCGGGAGAGGAUGCCACUGGCCGCCCGGUGGUGUUUAUUGUCAGCGGCCGUGGGUUCUGCCUGGCACCUUACUCGCGCCGGCCUCGCACGCCCAUUGUUUGGAGCGCCUGCCCGCGCGAGGGCGGCCCCGGCGGCCCUCCCGUCAACGCCGCGCAGCGGUUUUCGUUGGUGGAGGUGGCCGGCACCGCGGGUCGCAGGCACCUGCUGCAAUCCACCGGCACCCGUUACCUGCUCGAGUCAACGGUGCGCAUCAACGGCGCAGCCUCAUGCAUGACCCUGUCGGGCACCGCCGCCCGCCUCACGCCUUGCAAUGCCACCGACGCAAGCCAGUACGUCGUCUUCACGGCGCCACCCUCGCCCCCACCCCUGCCGCCGUCACCGCCGCCUGUGUACCCGCCGCCUCCGGUGCCCGUGUCCCCGCCCUCGCCGCCGGCCUACCCCUCGCCUGGCUUCCCCACCGCCUCGCCACCUGUGGCCCCGCCGCCCGUGGUGCCUUCGCCGCCUCCGCCGUACCCUGCCGUGCCCACUCCAGCGCCCCCGCCCUCUCCCUCGGUCGCCAGCCCCAGCCCCAGCCCCAGCCCCGUGCCUAGCUCGCCUCCGCCGGCCUACCCGCCCCCGAUCUACCUGCCCUCUCCCACCCCGUCGCCGGCCCCCAGCCCGGAGCUAUCCCCAUCCCCAAGCCCGGCGCCCUCGUACCCGCCCCCGGCCUAUCCACCUCCGGCCUAUCCACCUCCGGCCUACCCGCCCCCGGCAUACCCGCCGCCGGCCUACCCGCCCCCGGCAUACCCGCCCCCGGCAUACCCGCCCCCGGCAUACCCGCCCCCGGCGUACCCACCGCCGCCCUCCCCGGCUGAGCACCCAACAUCACCUCCUCCCGAGCAGCCCAGCCCUAGCCCACCUCCGCCCUCCCCUGUGUCCACACCCACAGCGUCGCCACCGCCUGCGCCUUCGCCGCCGGCCCCGGCGCCGCCUCCUCCCUACCCUCCCCCGCCAUACCCUCCCUCGCCCGCUCCGCCUUCGCCCCCUCCCCCUUCGCCCCCUCCGCCAUCACCCCCUCCUCCCAGCCCGGCGCCUCCCUAUCCUCCCCCGCCAUCACCGCCGCCGCCCAGCCCCUCUCCUCCCAGCCCCCCUCCUCCCAGCCCGGCGCCUCCCUAUCCUCCCCCGCCAUCACCGCCGCCGCCCAGCCCCCUUCCUCCCAGCCCCCCUCCUCCCAGCCCGGCGCCUCCCUAUCCUCCCCCGCCAUCACCGCCGCCGCCCAGCCCCCUUCCUCCCAGGCCCCCGCCUCCCAGCCCCCCUCCUCCUAGCCCCCCUCCUCCCAGCCCCCCUCCUCCCAGCCCCACUCCUCCCAGCCCCCCUCCUCCCAGCCCCCUUCCUCCCAGCCCCUCUCCUCCUAGCCCCCCGCCGCCAUCUCCCGCGCCUCCUUCGCCCCCUCCACCAUCUCCGCCUCCCCCGAGCCCUGCACCCCCGUAUCCUCCUCCCCCGUCGCCUCCUCCGCCCUCGCCGCCUCCCCCCUCGCCGCCUCCCCCCUCACCUCCUCCCCCGUCUCCUCCUCCCCCCUCGCCUGCUCCCCCUUCGCCUCCUCCCCCCUCGCCUCUUCCCCCUUCGCCUCCUCCCCCCUCACCGCCUCCCCCCUCGCCUGCUCCACCUUCGCCGCCUCCCCCCUCCCCGCCUCCCCCCUCGCCGCCUCCCCCUUCGCCGCCUCCCCCCUCCCCGCCUCCCCCCUCGCCGCCUCCCCCUUCGCCUCCUCCCCCCUCGCCUCCUCCCCCCUCACCUCCUCCUCCUUCGCCGCCUCCCCCCUCGCCUGCCCCUCAGUCUCCUCCUCCUCUCUCCUCACCUCCUGUCGCCGAGCCCCCCACAACCACUACGCCGUCGCCCUCGCCUCCUGUCAUCUCAAGCCCCUCACCUCCCAGCCCCUCACCUCCUGUCAUCUCAAGCCCCUCACCUCCGCCGGAUCGCGCACCCAAGCCGCCCCGGCCGCCGCCCCCGCCGCCCUACGGCCGCAUCCCCUUCCCCUACUACACGUGCGACCGCAGCUCCGAGGCUGUGCCGUACGCCGUGUCGUACGUGCCGCAGCUGCAGGACCCCACCGCGCACUGCUUCCGCAUCAACGUGCGCGGCUGCGACGCCGCCGGGCCGUGCUGCCACAUGGACCUCUAUAAGAUCAUAAUCAACUCCAACAUUCACUGCAAGGGCUCGCUGACCAACUCCACCGUCAACGGACAAGACCGCGGUGUGGUGUUCGACACCUACUGGUACAGAGGCCAGCAGAUGGCCACCUUCCGUGUGUCCAAGCUGGACAGCAACGCCUCCAAUGCCGACGGGCUGCUGUUCUGCUUCAACCUGGAGGGGCCGCAGUGCACCACCCUGGACGAGCUGUGCUACGGCGGCGUGUGCACUGCCUCUGUCGCGGGCUACCACACCGACCGCUGCUGUCCAGUGAUGGACGUGCCGGGCACCGAGGAAGCCGCCGACAGCGGCGCGGGCACCGAGCCCGCUGGCAGCGGGGUCGAUGGCGGCAGCUCAGAGGGAGACGCGCCAGCGGCCGGGCCUGAGAACAGCGAUGGCCAGCGGCGCCGGUUGUUGGACGGCCGCAAGCAGCACCGACUUCGCCGCCAUCGCCGUUAGAGACGGCACUAGAAGUAUUGCAGCAGCUGCGUCCUCCCUCGGCCCCCGCGGCUGCGGUUCCUACGCUGUGCGCUCACCCGACUGCGGCGCUGCAUGCGGUGCGAACGUCGUGCGGUGUGAAUGUAGUUGAUGCGUGGGACGCGCGCCGGUUGGGCGAGGUCGACAGCAAGCGCGACAGCACCGAUGCGGUGGGCGCGCUUGGUUGGAUCGAGCGACAUGCAUGCCACAAAUACCAUGCGCACUGUCUGCGAGCUCAAUCAUUGCGGGCGCUAGCGUUUCAACGGAUAUGGUUGUGUGCGUGUUCUUUUAGCGGCACUGCGGUUUUAUGCUGUUAGCGCGGGGGGGCUCGGUGGCCUUUGAAGAACCCUACUGAGGCUGAUGGGUUGGUGGUAGUGGCGGGCCGGCGGCUGCGCGGGUACGUAACUGUGUGCCACCUGCUCUCGUGGACGCUGCCGAGCCUGUAUGUCGUUUUUGCGGCUCUGGCGGCGCCCAGCGGUGUUCUGUGCCGAGUGGGUGCACGUUGGUGGUACUGAUAGCUCAAACACAUGUGUUGCUGACGUCCGCAGCACACGCAUCUGCGCCGGGACCGCAACGGGCGCCCCAACCGCCCCUAUCAUGCGGGAAUGAUGACGCUAUGCUAGCAUCAGUGCGGCUGCGUAUUGUGGUAUACCGGUGAUUCCAGUGAAUUUCCAGCGUGAAUUGCGUGUGCUGGCUUCCACUUGCACAUGAAACCCCUUUGGUGGAGCGAGGUGUGGCAAGGCUGCGGUUACUGGCUGGUUAAUGCGCAUGCAGGUUGGCUCCAAGGAAAUCUUUGCAUAUGGGAGAGGCAGAAGCUCAGGAUAUGAGUUGAGAGGCAGGAUGCUGAGGUUUGACAGGCAGGAUGCUGGGGUUCGACGCCGUGUAUAUGCACCGGUGGCAGGAGGGUUAAGAUGCAAGCGACAGGCUAGUGCGCUAGAUAUCCAUUGACGUGCGGCGUCACGGGAAUUGAGCUUGCAGAUGCAGCUAAUGAUCACUUGCUUCUCACAUGUUUGAUAAGUUGAUAUCGGUAUGGCAGUGCUGAAAAGUGUUCGUGCAGGCAUUACGGACAUCGCAGGUGCUUGCACGGUCUCCUGGGGGGUUGAUUCUUUGCUCUCUUUCUUCUCCUCUUUCCUGAUGGACCUGUCAACCGUCAACUGUCGUGCCGCGUGCAAAUGCGCAUGUUUGGGCGGAUGACGGCGCCAGGAGCCUCUGCGUCUAUUGAGAUUAGGUGCCUGAUUAGGUUUUGCCUUACACCUGUGAACGUCGUAACAAACGUGCAGAUAGGUGCUCUCCAUGGCCGGCAUGUCGUCAAUAGCGACUAUGCAUGUGCCCUCAGUCUCCCCAUCACUUGCGCUCUGUUGGUGCGGCGUUGGUUUGGUGUUGCGAUGCUGCAGUAAGGCGGUAGCGAUGCUCACGGCAUGGCUAUCCGCCGGCACGAUCGUGAUGCGCCAAGGCCUCCCAGCGCUCAUACAUGGUCCAUAAUGGUGUUUGCUGACAGCAUGGAGGUGUGUCAUGUGUGGAGACUGCGAGCGUACUGCCGUACGUUCGAAGGCAUCGCCGGUGUCGUACCGCUAGCUUCGGUGGCUGCACUCUGCAUCAUCGGGCGGUCCCGGCGCGUUUGGCCAGGUGUUGUGUGUGUGCUAGCCAGCUAGCUAGCUUUUAUGUACCGUGUUACGGUACGCUGUUGCUUUCAGUGCUGCUAACGGUGAUGUGGGCAGAUGUGGGCAGGUCCUUGCAUGUCUGCAGAUGCGCAACUGGAACGGACGAGCGUGUUUUGAUUUGGUUCAGUGUAGAUUUGGGUCAUUCUUUUUGGGUGCUAUUGGAGCUGGUGUUGGGGGCAGCCUGACUGCACGCGGUCGGAUACCGUCUUAUACCCUUAGUCAGUACAUGCGCAUGCGGGUAUGAGCCCUGUAUGUGUUUCGGGCAUUGCUUCUGGGGGUGCUCAUUUGCAGCAGCGUCGUAAAACAAUGAUACGGUAUGCGGGAUGGCGCAGGUGGUGGGUGGACACUCAUACAUGGCAAUCGGCAAUAGGCUUUGCCACGGCUUUACAUUGAAUAUAUACGGGACAGCGGGCAGUUAUAACGUUUGAACAUGUGGGGGUUCCAAGGUGGCAGGCACGGUGUAGCGUGCAAACGUCCUGCGAGCGCAACGCUGCUUGCGUGGAUUUGCGCAGUGCCCUGAGGUCCUGGUGGUCCUGGGCUGGUAUCGCUGGCGACCCGCGUCAGCAGGUCCCUCAUGUAACCCAUGCAAUCU